GUUAGAAAUAUAUCAAUGAAUAAAGACAAAUUUGCUGCUACAUUGAAGUUGGAGAAAGUCACUAAACAACAAAUACAAUGCCAUGUGGUCAUCAAGGAACGGGCCAAUGAAAUGAAGAGAGAUAAAGAAGGUAAAAGUGAUGACAAAGGCACGACCCUCUCCAAGAGAAAACGCAAGGCUUUUCUCGACCUGCUUUUAAAUGUGAUGGAUGAUGAAGGGAACAAGCUAAGCCUGGAGGCUAUUCGAGAAGAAGUGGACACUUUCAUGUUUGAGGUAUUUUGUGUUGUCAUGUUAGUAUCAGGUAUCAUCAUUAAACAAAUUACAGUUCCUGUUACAUAACAAGAAAAUGUUUUUGUUCUUUUUUAAUCUUGGGAGUUGAAAAUGCUAAGGAUGAAGAAAUAGCCAGCACUAAUACUUAGACAUGUUUAAGCAUUUAAUAGUAAAAUUAGAAAUAACAUGAAAUAGCAAGAAUUAUUUGUACUCACC